AUGGUGGACCACUACUCGGGAUUUCCGUUUGUCACCAAGUUGAAUACCACCUCAACUCACUCAAUUGUGAACGCCUUAUUGCAAUGGUUCACUGAUGUGGGGUUGCCGGAAGUGAUUAAGUCGGACAAUGGACCCCAGUUUCGUGGCCCCUUCCUUAAAUUCUGCAAGAAAUUAGGGAUCAAACACGAAACGUCCUCUCCAUACCACCCUCAAUCAAACGGCCUGGCAGAGGCCGGAAUCGAAACCAUGAAGACCUUGCUGUCCAAGCUCUAUGGAUAUGUCAUCGAUCCAACGGUCCAGCUUUCCACCGAUCUGACAAUCCCAUCGGAUGCUGCGUGUUUUGAGGACUUAGACGUGUCGAGCCUGAAGAAAUUUGUUCCAGAACUCCAAGCUGAUUCGGACAUCUGUUUCUCGGAGUUUUUGGAGUAA